AUGAGGAUACCUGUACCGACCGCUUUGAUCUGGGUUCUUUUACUGCUCCAUCACUGCUUUGCUCCUGCGGUGAGCCUAUCAGCUCCAUCCUACGCGAACAAUCGCCAUGUCUGUUUGUUGGAUUCCUACCAAGCUGCGCGUGGGCCUCAUUUUUCUGCCUUGUUUGACGAACUCUUUGAGCAAACUGGCUACAACAGCAAACGGGUUGCCUUUAUAACGGUUGGUAGUGACGACGAUGAGAACGACGACACUUCAAUGUUAUCCUUAAAGGACCAGAUGAAGGACUUGGAAGAAGAGCUGGAUCUGGAGAUUUGUCAACUGGUCACCUUGUCUUCUAUGGAGAUCGAAAACGGACAACGCACUGUGUGUGACGAUCAAAAAGCCCUACGAGACGAAAUUCAGUCGCUGAAUCCUUCCAUUCUGUGGAUUGGCGACCAUCCCAAUUCCAAUGUUCUCCGCUAUACACUUCGAAUUCACAAUGUGGAUGGCAUUGUCCACGAUCUUUGUGGGCCAGCCACAGGGCGAGCCUGCUUGUUUGUCGGCGAGGGAGCGGGAGCCCUGUGUUCCGGUGCCAACAUGGCCGUGGCGAGUCUUCGAGGAGACAACUCCCGUGCCGUGCCCGAAUUGCAGUUUCGAGGACUCGAGCUGCUGGGCCCCAAGCGCUCCGUGUCCUUUGCCAAACCACAACCUAGAAACAUCCCCGAGUUGGAACGACUCCAAAACCAAUUGGCUAGCAUGCCCUUGUACGACGCCGAAGAAGAUGUGACGGUAUGGAUGAACCAGCAACAAGUCUAUGUUUAUUCCCAACAAGAGGGUGCCGAUACCACUAGUCUGGUCAUGAACCCAUAUCAAAAGGGAGCCAUUGAACAGUAUGACAGCUCCUCGUUGCCACCGGCACCUCCUUUGUCGUUUUCGGCGGACGACAACAACGCCAGUUCCGUGGCACGACCGUGCACAGGAGAGCCAUCGGAAGAUCCCUCUCGCACGGUCUACACAACUCAAGUGGAAGAAGGGGAUUAUUGGUAG